UUGUCCACAGUGGGCUAGUUAGCCGUAGUGAACCCAUGACCUGCGGUGUUGUGUGUUUUCUGAAGUGGCAACAGCGCAACAUCAGACCGGAUCAGAUUGAGCUCUUCUGUCCCGAUCACACGACGCGCUUUAAGCGGGAGUAAAGUUUCCCAGCGCGGAUCUGAAGCGGAAAGUGUCCGGAUCGAGUGAAUCAAACAGCGGGAUGAUGUGUGGAAGCGUCGCGGCGCUGAGCGGCUCUCUGCUCGGCCUCAUCUUGCUGCUGCUGCCCGCUGAACUCUGUGCCUCUUAUAGCUUUCUUUCACAGAAUAAAGCGCAUCAGUUCCUUUCGCGACACAGACGUGCAAACGCAGGGUUUGAAGAGAGCAGGAAAGGGAAUUUGGAGCGAGAGUGUAUCGAGGAGAUGUGCAAUAAAGAAGAGGCGCGAGAAAUCUUUGAGAACUUCCCAGAAACGGAAUAUUUCUAUCCCAGGUAUAUUGAGUGUCUGGGGUUUCAUCGAGUGGGAGGCAAUAAUCCUCAGAACCUCCGGACCUGCAUUCGAGAGAUCAGUAACCAGUGUCUACCUCUGCCGUGUUAUAAGGAGGGUUACGAGCGCUGCGUGGAUGGUAAGGGAUCUUACACCUGCUUGUGUAAACCCGGCUGGAGGGGUCCGCACUGUAAGGAGGAUAUAAAUGAAUGCGAGGAUGCAGAUUUCCCUGCGGGUUGCAGCCAGACCUGCAGCAAUCUCCCGGGCAGCUUCAUGUGCAGCUGCGAGGAAGGCUUUUACAUGCAAGACAAAACCAAAUGCAUCGAUAUCAAUGAGUGUAUCGUGUAUCCAAGUACAUGUGGAGAACCUUCCAGAUGCAUAAAUGCUCCGGGUACCUUUGAGUGUCGAUGCCCGAAAGGAUUCAAGUACAACUCGAUAACAAAAGAGUGUUUGGAUGUAGAUGAAUGUCAGCAGAACGUGUGUUACGGCGAGUGUGAAAACUCAAUCGGGAGUUUCUCGUGUUACUGUGACGGGAGGAAGGGUGUGAAGUUGGCAGAAGACGGACGCCACUGUGAGAAUAUUCCCCAGUGUUUGGAUCUACAUGAUUAUAAACAUGGGGAAAUGCUUUAUCUGGGAGAGCAGUUCUCCGGUUUACCUGUUAUAUACCUGCGCUUCCUUCUGCAGCCAGACACCAGGUUUGCCGCUGAAUUUGAUUUCCGCACAUUCGAUCCAGAAGGCGUGAUACUGUACGCCGAGUCUGGAACGGACUCGUGGUUUAUGUUGGGCUUGCGAAGCGGCCGUAUCGAGGUCCAAUUUAAGAACGAAUACUCUGUCAAAGUGACUAGCGGAGGCAAAGCUAUCAAUGAUGGCCAAUGGCAUGUGAUCUCAGUGGAGGAGCUGUCGGGCAGCAUUAGUGUGAAGAUCAGCAAAGAAGCCAUCAUGAGUAUCAACAGUCCUGAACGUCUCUUUACUAAACUGGAAGCUAAAGUCUACAUCGCUGGAGUGCCAAGUCGCAACCAUAGUCUCGUCAAACCCAUCAACAGGAGGCUGGACGGCUGCAUUCGGGGCUGGAACCUCAUGAAUCAGGGUGCGUCAGGACUGAAGGGGGUGAUUCAAGAGAAGGAGAGCAAGCAUUGCUACUUGUAUGUUGAGAAGGGCUCGUUCUUCACAGGUGGAGGUUUCGCUCAAUUCCACAUAGAGUACAGCAGAUCAGACAGCUGGUUAGUGGAUGUUGUGAUGACAAUUCGCCCUUCAAGCAGCACUGGUGUUAUAUUUGCUAUGGUUACCAACGACACCGUCCCUCUAUCUGUUGCCGUGGUAACAAAAGGACCAGAGGAUGCGGAGCUGCAUGUGUUCCUGGAUGGCGUCUCUGUGGCCGUGCUUCAGUCGCUCAUGUUGUGUUAUCCAGAACGUCUGCUCGUAGAAAUUAGAGUUUCGCCGGAGCGGAUAGAGCUGACAGCAAACUCUUCCACGGUGUCCUACAGCGAUUCGGAGACUUUGAGUGCGGCCUUAUCUAAACUCAACAACACCCUGCAGAACCCUGUGCAAACAUAUAUAGGAGGACUUCCAGACCUUCCGCUGUCCAACACUCCCGUCUCAGCGUAUUAUCACGGCUGUUUGGAGAUCAAAGUUAACGGACAGAAGCUGGAUUUCGACGAGGCGGUCAGUAAAGACAACAGUAUUAAAUCUCACUCCUGCCCUCCCGUGACAGCCCCUGAACCCCCGUCCGCCCAACCCCACCCGCACUAGCCUGGAAAUGACAUCACGGCCAAUCGCAAGGAUCCCUAGCUGCAGUCGUUGUCUUCAUGUGCCUUUUGUGAGUCUGAUCUGAAUUCCUGUGAAUCACAAUAGUCCUGUUUCUCCUAACCGAGCUCUGUAUGACGGAUAAAGAGGGAUUCUGGAAUCACAGACGGACGUUAUCGUGAUAGUUUUUUUUUCUCUCUCUCUUUUAAAUGAAUGUUUUUAUUCCUUCACGUGUUAAUGCACUCGUUUUUUGACUUACCUGUGAAGAAUUGACCGAGCUUGAAGAACUUGUAAACAUUUUACACGUUCCCACUAUUUAAAGAUACAGCCGAUAUGUGAGUCCGUAACGAAAUAGAAAUAAAAAUGUUAUUGAAAUGUUCAUGCUGAAUUGAAAACAGGAGAGAUUUUCUCAGACUGCAGUGUGAAGUCUCCAGUAUUUGAUCAGUAUUGUCCCUGUUUGUGUGAGUGUUUUGUGUUAAGUUUUUUAACUUUACUAAGUGAUCAACUCACCGUAUUAUUUCUUUUGCGUUUGAUCAUUUUAACAUGAAUGUUUUAGGUGUUUUUUGACCAUAAGUACAGCAUUUAAUUCUUAGAAUAAAACAUGUCAAAUGCAGCA